CCAUCUCUCCUUCUUCUUCAGGUACCCUUCAUCUUCCUCAAUUUCAGGUACCCAAAAAAACAAGAAAAUCACAUACCCAAAAACACUAACAUUUCUCAUAAAAGUAUUAAAUUCAAUGGCUAGUAGCACUACCAACUCCCUUCUUCCCAACAAAUCUCAAUUGGUUCAAAACCAUUCCCUUUUACCUUCUCCAUUAAAGAAUGCAUCUUUCACCACCAACUCAACCAAAGCCGUUAGAUUUGUUCAACCAAUCUCAGCCGUUCAUUCCGCUGACUCUUCCAAGAACCCCAUUGUCUCCGACAAGCCCUCCUCCAAGCCUUCACCGCCGGCGGCCACUGUUACGGCGGCGGCUACGACGGUGACAAAAACAGAAUGGACAGUGGAUAGCUGGAAAUCCAAAAAGGCUCUUCAGUUACCCGAAUACCCAAAUCAAGAGGAGCUUCAAUCUGUUCUCAAGACGAUUGAAGAGUUCCCUCCUAUCGUGUUUGCUGGUGAAGCGAGGAGUCUUGAAGAACGGCUCGGUGAGGCUGCUAUGGGCAGGGCGUUCUUGUUACAAGGAGGUGAUUGUGCUGAGAGUUUUAAGGAAUUUAAUGCCAAUAAUAUUAGGGAUACUUUUAGAAUCCUUCUUCAAAUGGGUGCUGUUCUCAUGUUUGGUGGUCAGAUGCCUGUUAUCAAGGUUGGAAGAAUGGCUGGGCAAUUUGCAAAGCCAAGAUCAGAUAAUUUUGAGGAGAAGAAUGGAGUGAAGCUGCCAAGUUACCGGGGAGACAACGUGAACGGAGAUGCAUUUGAUGCCAAGUCAAGAACUCCUGACCCUCAGAGGUUGAUCAGGGCGUAUUGUCAAUCUGCAGCUACUUUGAAUCUAUUGAGAGCUUUUGCUACAGGAGGAUAUGCUGCCAUGCAGAGGAUCAACCAAUGGAACUUGGAUUUCACAGAGCACAGUGAGCAGGGUGAUAGGUAUCGUGAACUAGCUAAUAGAGUGGAUGAGGCCCUUGGUUUCAUGGCUGCUGCUGGACUUACAGUGGAUCAUCCUAUUAUGAAAACCACAGAGUUCUGGACUUCUCAUGAGUGCUUACUUUUGCCCUAUGAGCAGUCACUAACACGAUUGGAUUCGACUUCUGGUCUUUACUAUGAUUGCUCUGCCCAUUUUCUUUGGGUUGGAGAGAGAACUAGGCAGUUGGAUGGUGCCCAUGUUGAGUUCUUGAGAGGAGUUGCCAACCCCCUUGGUAUUAAGGUGAGUGACAAGAUGGAUCCAAGUGCAUUGGUCAAGCUCAUUGAGAUUUUGAACCCUGAAAACAAAGCUGGGAGGAUUACAAUAAUUACCAGAAUGGGAGCAGAGAACAUGAGGGUUAAGCUUCCUCAUCUUAUCAGGGCAGUCCGAAGAGCAGGGCAAAUCGUCACUUGGGUAUCUGAUCCUAUGCAUGGGAAUACCAUCAAAGCUCCUUGCGGCCUAAAAACUCGACCUUUCGAUUCCAUCAGGGCUGAAGUAAGAGCAUUCUUUGAUGUUCAUGAGCAAGAAGGAAGCCACCCAGGAGGAGUACACCUGGAGAUGACAGGCCAAAACGUCACAGAGUGCAUCGGUGGAUCACGAACUGUGACCUUUGAUGAUCUGAGCUCACGUUACCACACCCACUGUGAUCCUAGGCUCAAUGCAUCUCAAUCCCUUGAGCUCGCCUUCAUUAUUGCAGAACGCCUAAGAAAGAGGAGGCUUGGAUCACAAAGUGUAUUAGGUCAAUAGAUAUUUGGAAAGGUCCAAAAUGCUGCUUUUCUUGAUUUAUUUACUUGUUCGCCUGACUUAUGAAUGAUUGUAUCAAUGUUUACAUUUUUUUUAAAAAACCGUUUUGAAGGAUAUUGUAUGUUGCCCUAUGUGCAUACUAGAAGAGUGCUAUGUUGUAUGAGAGUUUGGUGACUAAGGAAUAAAGCAAGGAAGUUACUUUGUCGUAUGA